CCGUCUGCCCCUCCCCGCCUUCCCUCCCGGCUCUCGGAGGUUCCUGGCCGCCCUGAUGUCCUCCGCCGCCUGCCACCCGCCGCUGAGCAAAGCCCAUCGGUCCGCUGAGCAGGCUCUGGUGUUUCCCCUCAACACAGUGGUCUUUCUGAGCCAAGGGACAUACUUCCCUCCAGGCACAGAGUUGUCACCGGGAGCAGGGAACCACCAGCUGCUGGGCCAUGGCCGAGCCUGGAGAGCAGCUGCCAGAAGAGGUGCUGGCAGUCAUCUUCAGCUACCUGUCCUUGCGGGACCGUGCUGCUGUGGCCAGAGUCUGCCGGGCCUGGGCUGCCGCUGCCACCUGCAGUACAGUGUGGCACCACACUGACAUCAGCAGUGAGGGAGAAAGCAUGCUGCCACCAUAUCUGCUCCCGGGCUUGGACCACAUCCACAACCUACGACUGGAAUUUGAGCCUUCCAGGGAACCCAGCCGCAGGGAAGCCACGAUGUUGCUGAUCGCACUGGCAGGUCGUACCUGUGGGCUGCAGGGCCUGCAUCUGCAGUGCCGGGGAGAGAAGCCUUUCUUUGACGCCGGCCGCGACGUCCUGGACGCCGUGCACGCCAUCUGCCGGACUGCUCGUACUCUGCGCCACCUCAACCUGCGGCGCUUGCCCUUCACACUGGACGAUACACUGGUGCUGCAGGUGGCACGCGGUUGCCCGGAGCUCCGCAGCCUUUUCCUGGACAACGAUACUCUGGUGGGCAGCGUGAGACCCGGCUCUGUGCUCCAGCUGUUAGAAGCCUGCCCGCGCCUGUGUGCCCUCGGCCUGCACCUGGCCAGCCUGUCUCCCACUGCCCUCGAAGCACUGGCAGCGCCCGAUCGGGCGCCCUUGGAGCGCCUGGCCCUGCGGUGCGCGUGCCGGGAUGACGCGCGCGCGCCUCCGCUGCCUAACGCGGCCUGGGCGGUCUUGCGCCGCCGGCACCCUGGGCUGGCAGUGGAACUGGAGCUGGAGCCGGCCCUGUCUACCGAGAGUGUGGAGCGCGUCCUGCAGCCGGCCAUGCCAGUGGCCGAGCUGCGCCUCUGCCUCUCUGGAGACACUAUAGGCCCGGUGUGCUUCGCCGCGCUCCACUAUGCCACAACCUUGCGCGUGCUCGAGGUGCGCGCCACCGCCUCGACGGGGCUGGACGCUGCCCUGGAGGAGCUGGCGGAGCACUGCGCUGGCCUGCGUGAGGUGCACUGCUUCUGCGUGGUGCGACCCUCGGUGCUGCAGGCUUUCCGAGCCCACUGCCCGCGCCUGCGCAGCUACACGCUCAAGCUCACGCGGGAGCCUCAUCCCUGGCGGCCCACAUUUGUGAAGUGAUGGGGAAAACGCUCCCCCACAAUCACACUCCUGUGGCCUCUGGGAUCCGGAGGGAGGUGUGCAGGCGCCCACCAACUGACAGCUCCUUCUUCAACGUCCCGUUUUGUGUCUACAAGGGAAUGAGGUCGUUGGGGACGGCAGGGAACAGCCCAGCACUCUGAGGCCAGUUGAUGCUCUCAGCAUCACCCCCUCCCCUCACUAGGGCCCCCCUUCUCCAACCUCUCUCCACCCUGGAAUCUGCGAUCUCCUCAGCCCGUCUGGGGGUGGGGGUGGGCAGGAGGAGUGUGGUGGAGAGGGCACAGGCACAAGGCUGGUCUCAGGGAUUAAAUGUGAAAGAAAUAAAUCCUUCGGGAUUUCUGCUUGCUGUGAAAGGCUGGCAGCCU